UUUAACCUUUUUUGUUCGAGAAGAACCAAGUUGUCGAAAACCCUAUAAAACUAGUGGCAUACCCCACCACCACAACAAACCGACCCACCCUACCUGGCCUCCCACCCCACUAAAAAACUCUCAUCAUCACUUUCUUGAUUUCUCCCACUUCACAUCUCUUUCUUUCCGGCCAUGGCGACAGAGAGCAAACGGAGCGGCCAUAUUCCGGCGUUCGGCGAGUGGGACAAGGCGGAUGGGCUCCCCAUCACCCAGUACUUCGAGUGCGCCAGGCAGGCCGGCCUCAUCCGCUACUCCGCCGAAUACGACCCCUACAUAACCGCCGCUAAUGGUGGCGCCGGGGAGGACGAUCUCUACGCCGUAAAAAAUUUCCACCAACCACCGACGCCGCCGCGGCGUCGCUCCGCCGCUUAUACCACUACUGUUCCUACCAGAAAGCCGUAUAUGCAGGUGAAGGGAGGCAAGAGUUGUCCCCAAUAUGCAAAGGGGCAGAAAAGGCCGGUUGGUAUUGAACCGGGGAAAACCCGGUCCGGUUCACAGAAGCAAUUCCAAGAACAAGUUAGUAUGAAGUCGAUAAGGGAUGUCACGCACCCACAACGCCCUAAACCGGUAGAUGAAGAUCUCUAUAAGAUCCCCCCGGAGCUUCUUCACCAACGCAACAGGAAGAAAGUGUUUGGAUUCUUUUCGAGAUGCCUUGCUCCUCCUUGUAUUGCAUGAAUGUUGUUGCAUUGUAUGGGAAUUUCAAGAUGAGGGAAUGAGAACAAAAACAAGAAAGGAGAUGAUCUCAUUAGUCACUUUACUCCACUUGAGCAAUGACAUAUGCUAUAUUAAGCUAUUCUAUUGUAUUCUUACCUGUAUAUAUUAACCACACAAGUAAUAAAACAAAGUCUCUUAUAUUUUAAGUAGAAUAAUGUUACAUUCUCUU